AUGGACGGGCUGAAUUUUGAAGACACGUCAUCCUCUUAUAUUGGCGUUAACUUUCUGUGGAUGAAAUGGAUCCUUUCAAUAUGGCUGAAUUUACUUGCAAUAGCAAUUUUUUAUUACUUGAAAUGGAGUCGAUCUAGAACCGUCAAACUCAUCAACGCCAUACCUGGACGGAAGCCGUUGCCGCUAUUGGGUAACCUUCUCGAUUUGGAUGUCUACAAUGAAGAAUUCUUGAAAAUGAUGACAAUUGAUUGGGUGAAAGAGUAUGGACCGAUUUACCGUGUAUGGCUGUGCACACGUCCUUUCGUGACCCUUUCAUCCCCGGAGCUGGUACAGAAAAUAUUAGCCAGUUCUAAACACAUCACAAAAUCAAGCGACUAUUUGAAUUUCAGUAACUGGCUCGGCAAUUGCAUGUUUACAUCAACAGGUGCUCACUGGAAAAAUCGACGCCGAUUAGUUACUCCAGGUUUCCAUUUUCAGAAUCACAACAAUUUUAUCGACAUCUUCAACGAGAAGAGUUUGAACUGCGCAGCUGAAUUUGAACGAAUCAUCGACACGCAAGGCGAUACCGAAAUCGACGUUACUCAUCUUAUGGCAAAAUGCGCCUUAAAUAUAAUUUGUGAAACUGCGAUGGGCCAGCAAACGAAACUCGAAAAGGAAAAAGAAAUUUAUGUUAGCAACAUUCACAGAAUUUGCCAGAUUUUCGUUGAGCGUGUCAACCGACCAUGGCUUUCAAACGACUGGAUUUACAAGCUGAGCUCACUUGGUCGUGAAAGUGAACGCUGUAUCAAUGCCCUUCACGCUUUCACGAAAAAGGUAACACGAGAUCGCCGUGAAAUACUUGAACGACACCCAAACACAUGUUUCGAUAAGAUAGAAAGCAGUGAGAUUGAAAAAGGAAAACCUCAAUCAAAGAGCAGAUUUGCCAUAGUAGACUGGCUGAUACAGGCGUCCAAUAAGGGCGCUGACCUGGAUGAUAACGGAAUCAGAGAAGAAAUCGAUUUAAUCACGUUCGCUGGAUACGACACAACGUCUGCAGCCAUGGUCUGGUUACUUUACCUCAUUGCUAAACAUCCGAAGCAUCAGCAACUGAUAGUUGACGAGUUGGAUUCAGUUUUUGGUGGCGAUCAGGAUCGUCCUUGUACUACCCAGGAUAUUUCUGAACUCAAAUAUUUGGAAUGUUGCAUCAAAGAAACGAUGAGACUCUAUCCGAGCGUGCCGUUCGUCAUGCGAAGUCUAACGGAAGACGUUGAAAUAGGGGGAUACACAAUACCAGCCGGGGUUACAGUUGUUCCGUCAUUUUAUGCAAUCCAUCACAAUCCUUGUGUUUAUCCGGAUCCCGAAGCAUUUAAGCCGGAACGAUUUUUCCCAGAAAACAGCAUUGGCCGGCAUCCGUAUGCUUUCAUUCCGUUCAGCGCUGGACCACGUAACUGCAUAGGUCAAAAAUAUGCAAUGCUGGAAUUGAAAGUAGUUUUCGCCAACAUGUUACGUCGAGUGGAGUUUUCCGUCUCUGAUCAAGUAAUUUCAGACGCGCCUGAUUUAGGAUUCGUGUUGAAACCAAAACAUGGUGUUCGUCUCGCUAUUUCUAAACGCAAUUCCAUGAGUUCAGUAGCUAACUUGAAAUUCUGGUUUCUAUCUACCAUAUAAAACCUGUACAGCUAAAACAAUCGAAAUGAGUAAAAAAAAAAUAUAAUAAUAAAAAAAAAGUUAAAAGUAGACACAUCAUAGGUGGGAACAGCGAAGGAAGUGGUUAUGAAAGAUAUACUUUCACCCACGAAUCUAUAACUAAACAGAAACUGUACCCGGUGGCUUCAGUUAUCUGGAAAACGUCUAAGACGACAUGGCAGCAAAGCUGACUAACAUUUUCCCACAAUAAAAUCAUUAUUGUAACAACGAUACGCCUUGUUAUACUAAGAAGAAAUCUUAGACAUGUAAAUGUUUAAAACUGCAGACGUAGGAGUGACUGGCUGGACAACUCUAUGUUUAUGUCAACAGGUUACAAUUGAAACGGGAAAUCCCGUACCCAAAAUGCCUUAGAUCGCAUAUUAUUAUUCAACAGGUGCUCACUGGAAAAACCGACGCCGAAUAGUCACACCAGGUUAUUCAAUAUCAACAUUUUCCUGACAAACCAGUUUCCCCUCCAGUAGAAUGCCUUAACGUGUUCUAUUUACUUGUACAAAUUAGCGUUACCUAAAAUGACCUUGCUAUACGGACAGGUUUCCAUUUCCAGAAUUACGACAGUUUCAUCGACAUCUUCAACGAGAAGAGCCCAAUCUGCGCAGCUGAAUUUGAACGAAUCAUCGAGACCCAAGGCGAUACCGAGAUCGACGUCACUAUAAAAAUACCGGAGAAAAUACGACUUUGCUCAUUGAAACAUUCGAAAGAAUUUAACGAAAAUAACUUACGAAUGGCUGACGCGAACAAUUUUCACCAAAUUUUUCACAGUUCAUCUAACGAAAGGUCAAACAGAAUUAUUUGUACAACUACCUUAAACGACAAUCUUUUAAAAUUUGAAUAUAGUAUACCGGAGCUGACCAGACGUUUUCGGACAAACGACGGAAGUAACGAGUGACACGAUGUCCCUUUGCUGAUGACCUUCAGCUGCUCAACAUAGUCUGAAGAAAAAUGAGUUACUAAUGAAGUUGUUGCUCAUGCUAACACUUUUGGAAUCAAAGGGCAAAGCUAAGGUGAAGAAAUGCCGGUGUAACAGUCUGAGCCAAAAUUGUUAUGCCAAUUUCUCCUUGGCUUUUCGUCUACGCCUCUUCGAACGCAUGACGAACAUCUGCAAGAACAAAAUUGUAUUAGAUGUAGCAUAGUUAAUCAAAUGCCUCUUACAGCCUCACAAGAAUAAUUCACCUUUCUUCUUUCCUACCUCUGAAUGAAUUACAUUUUUUCACGUCAAUAAACUUAUGAUAAAACAAACGCUUCUAACAUGAAUUAACCACCUUAGAAUUUCAGUAAUAAAUCCAAAGAAAAUAAAUACCUACAACAGUAAA